CCUCCUUUCCACUAUCUUCACAAAACCAAAGCAAUGGCUUCCCCUAAACUUGUAGCCUUUGUUGCGGCGGUGGGUUUGAUGCUGGCCGGGGCCUCUCACGCUCAGCUUAGCCCCUUCUUCUACACCUUCACAUGCCCUCAGCUGCCUUUUAUUGUUCUCAACGAGGUCUCGACAGCUGUUGAAACCGAUGAUCGAGCAGCUGCCAAGCUCAUUCGCCUCCACUUUCACGACUGCUUUGCCAAUGGGUGUGAUGGGUCUGUGCUACUGGAGGACGUGCCGGGCGUCAUCGACAGUGAAUUAAACGCAGGUGCCAACAAUGGGAUCCAAGGGCGGGAAAUUGUGGAUAAAAUCAAAGCAGCCGUUGAAAGCUCUUGCCCUGGCGUUGUGUCCUGCGCUGACAUCUUAGCGCUGGCUUCUCAAGUUUCUGUUGUAUUGUCUGGCGGGCCAGCCUGGGUGGUUCUACUGGGAAGAAGAGACAGCAGAGUAGCGAACAGAGCCGCAGCAGAGGAUCUUCCGAGUCCGUUCGAAACUCUGGAUAUACUGAAAUCGAAAUUCAAGGCGUUUGGGCUUGAUUCUAGAGACCUUGUGACGCUGUCAGGAGCGCACACGUUCGGUCGAUCCAGGUGCUUUUUCUUCUCUGGAAGGUUCGACAACUUCAACAACACCGGCCUCCCAGACCCGACUCUGGAUGCUGCUUACAGGGAGCAGCUUCGUCAAGCAUGCACCACACCAACAACACGAGUGAAUUUCGAUCCCGUGACACCAGACAUAUUCGACAAAAACUACUACACCAAUCUUCAAAGCCUGAAAGGACUUCUCCAAAGUGAUCAAGAGCUUUUCUCCACUCCUGGGGCUGAUACCACUGCCAUUGUCAACGAGUUCGCCGCCAGCCAGUUUCGAUUCUUUAUUCAAUUUGGGAAUUCCAUGAUCAAAUUGGGGAACCUCAUGCCUCCACCUGGGACACCAUCGGAGGUGCGAUCGCAGUGUAGGCUGCUCAACCCAUCCAGUCCUGCCCAUGAUGUUAUGUAACUUGGUGUGCACCAAUGUAAUGUUAAUGUGUGUUUAUGUGUUUAAUGAAAUAAGGUAAUUGGGUUUGGACUUCGUGGUUGUUAGAGUCAGUGGGGAGAUCAAUAAAUGUGGAGUGUGAAAGGAAGCGUU